AUGAAAUUUACAAUCUUUUUCGGAAUUUUGGCACUUGUUUGUUGCGGAUUAGCAACUCCAGUCCAGAAAGAUAAGACAAGCGAUACUGGUAUCUCGGGGUCAAACUUGAAAAAAUUUAAGGCAUUGGCAAAAGAGUUACAUGAUUAUAAUGCAAAAAACUUUGUUCCAGGAUAUGAAAAUUCAGGACUGAUUUCCAAAUAUGAGAAACGGGAUUUGACUAAUUUAGAGAAGCGGUCAGACUUACCAAUCUUGGAUUCUGUCUUUGUGUUACUUAAGGAUUCAUCAGCAUGCUAUUCAAUGAUUGAUUAUGUGUUGUUGCAGCCGCCAUUACUCGACCUUGUGUUGAACACAACUAUUUGGGCCAUUGAAGCUCAAUUAGUGAAUAUAACAAACUUGUUUAUUGCAAUGGACAAAUCUAAUUUACAGUUAGAUAUUCUAGUUGCUUGUUUACAAGAUCCGCUUGUGUUACCGGGGUUGAUAAGUAUCACCAAAGAUAUGAUCAAGGAGAGUGGAAUAAAAUUGUUCAACUUUUUCAAUAAAAGAGACAACACCCAAAUACAAAAAUCUGUUUCCGAUGAUAACAGUAUUAACAUUUCAAAAAGAGAUGACCCUGUUUUAAACCUCUUAUUAACAUCAUUGGAUGAUUCUGGUUUGGGUGUUUCGCUUGUCAUACAUAUUUUAACUACGCCGCUGUUAUCUCCAGCGGCAGCACAUAUUAUGUACAAAUUGUUAACUGUUAAAGCUCAAACAUUACUUCUCAUGUAUGAUGCUUUGAAGAAAUCUAACUUAAUCUGGAAUGUGUUGAGGAAACUUUUGGCAAGACCACAAAUUUUAAUGAAAUUUGGCACAAUUAUAACUGAAAAAAUUAACGUUGGUGAAAUUUCAACAACUAUUAUACAAUACUUCUAUUAA